CAGAAACAGCUCGUCAACCACCUCGGUAGCUUGCUAGCCAACAUAGCCGAAAGAUUCAAGCUAUUUAUAUGCUCUCCAUGUAUAUUAGAUACUGUCUUUUAGACACACGUCUGUCGUAUCUACUUGUUAAACUAUUUAAUAUUACGUUAUUUUGUAUUAUUCAGCUAAAGUAGCUGGCUGGUUAAGUUAGCACUAGCCUAGUUGCUAAUGAUAGCUAGCUAGUUAACAUCCCCGAAAAUGAGCUCCCUAAACUCCUCUCCUGUUAAAGAAGAGGUCUGCUGGACGGAGAAAGAAACUCUGGGGCUGAACGUUGUCGUGAAAGAGGAGAAGGAAGAGGAGGAUAUUACAGUUAAACAAGAAGUAGAGGGUGAGGCUGUUACAGUGAAAGAAGAAGGGGAAGACGUUUCAGUGAAAGAAGAGGAAGACGAGUUCAGAGUGAAAGAGGAGGAAGAAGAGAAAGAUGAUGAUGCAGUUUUUGGAGUGAAGAAGGAAGGGGAGAUUACAGUCACAUUGGAAGAUGAAGAGCUGGAGAGGGGAUAUCUGAUUAACACCAGGGAGAAACCAGCCUCUCACUCUGACAGCGGGAAGAGUCCUUCAGGGGAACCAGACCCAGAGAUGCCCAAACCAGCGAGACAACACCACUGCUCCCACUGUGAAAAGAGUUUUUGCUGGUUAGGGAACCUAAAACUGCAUGAGAGGACACACACAGGAGAAAAGCCUUUCCAAUGCUCCCAGUGUGGAAAGAGUUUUGCUGUGUUAGCUAACCUGAAAAGACACGAGAGAAUACACACAGGAGAAAAGCCUUAUCACUGUUCUCAAUGUGGAAUGAGUUUUAAUCAGGAUGGGGACCUAAAAGCUCAUAAGAGGAAACACACAGGAGAAAAGCCUUUCCAAUGUUCCCAGUGUGGAAAGAGUUUUACUAAGAUAGGGCAAUUAAAAGAACAUGAGAGAAUACACAAAGGAGAAAAGCCAUUCCAAUGUUCCCAUUGUGGAAAGAGUUUUACUCGGAUAGGAAACCUAAAAAAGCAUGCUAGACUACACACAGGAGAAAAGCCUUUCCAAUGCUCCCACUGUGGAAAGAGUUUUGCCGUGUUAGCUAACCUGAAAAGGCAUGAGAGAAUACACACAGGAGAAAAGCCUUAUCACUGUUCCCACUGUGGAAUGAGUUUUACUCAGUUAUGGGACCUUCAAGCUCAUGAGAGGAUACACACAGGAGAAAAGCCUUUCCAAUGUUCCCAGUGUGGAAAGAGUUUUACUCAGAUAGGGCACCUGAAAGCUCAUGAGAGGAUACACACAGGAGAAAAGCCUUACCAAUGUUCCCAGUGUGAAAAGAGUUUUACCAUGUUAACUAACCUGAAAAGGCAUGAGAGAAUACAUAGAGGAGAAAAGCAUUUUCUGCUCCCAGUGUAAAAAUAGAUUUUCACGAAUGGCAGACCUUAAAGCUCAUGAGAGGAUACAGAAGAGAAAACCCUUUCCAAUGCUCCCAGUCUGGAAAUUGUUUUACCUGGUCAAGUAACCUUGAAGGAGCAUUAGAGGACACACACAAUAAAAGUCCAACCACUGCUCGCUCUGAGUGGAAGGACAUUCAGAGAACCUGAAAUCAAAUGAGAGAAUAGAAAGGCUGUAGACUUAUAUUUUUGACUGAGAAUGUGUUUUUGUUUCGGCCACAUGACAUCAUAUUGUGUAUGAUUACACCUGUCUAUAUAAGGUCCCACAGUUGACAAUGCAUGUCAGAUCAAACGCCAAGCAAUGAGGUCAAAUAAAUUGUCCUUAGAGCUCCGAGACAGGAUUGUGUCGAGGCACAGAUCUGGGGAAUGGUGCCAAAAAAUGCAUUGGUCCCCAAGAACACAGUGGCCACCAUCAUUUUUUAAUGGAAGGCGUUUGGAAGACUCUUCCUAGAGCUGGCCACCCGGCAAAACUGCACAAUCGGGGAGAAGGGCCUUUGUCAGGGAGGUGACCAAGAACCCGAUGGUCACUCUGACAGAGCUCAAGAGUUACUCUGUGGGGAUGGGAGAAACUUCCAGAAGGACAACCAUCUCUGCAGCACUCCACCAAUCAGGCCUUUGUGGUAGAGUGGCCAGACGGAAGCCACUCCUCAGUAAAAGGCACAUUACAGCCCGCUUAGAGUUUGCCAAAAGGCACCUAAAGACUCUCAGACCAUGAGAAACAAGAUUCUCUGGUCUGAUGAAACCAAGAUUGAACUCUUUGGCCUGAAUGCCUUUCGGCAACCUCCAAGCUAGCAGUCAUGUGCCUUUUACUGAGGAGUGGCUUCCGUCUGCCCACUCUUCCAUAAAGUCCUGAUCGGUGGAGUGCUGCCGAGAUUGUUGUCCUUCCGGAAGGUUCUCCCAUCUCCACAGAGGAAAUCUGUAGCUCUGUCAGAGUGACCAUCGGGUUCUUGUUCCCUUCCCCGAUGAAGGCCCUUCUCCCCUGAUUUCUCAGUUUGGCCGGGUGGCCAACUCUUGGAAGAGUCUUGGUGGUUCCAAACUUCUUCCAGUUUAGUGUGAUGGAGGCCACUGUGUUCUUGGGGACCUUCAAUGCUGCAGAAAUGUUUUGGUAGCCUUCCCCAGAUCUGUGCCUCGACGCAAUCCUGUCUCAGAGCUCAACGGAUAAUUUAUUUGACCUCAUGGCUUGGUUUUUGCUCUGACAUCCACUGUUAUCUGUGGGACCUUAUAUGGACAGGUGUGUGUCUUUCCAAAUCAUAUCCAGUCAAUUGAAUUUACCACAGGUGGACUCCAAUCAAGUUGUAGAAACAUCUCAAGGAUGAUCAAUGGAAUCAGGAUGCAUCUGAGCUCCAUUUCGAGUCUCAUAGUAAAGGGUCUGAAUACUUAAAUAAAUAUAUGUGCAAAAAUGUCUAAAAACUUGAUUUUGGUUUGUCAUUUUGGGGUAUUGUGUGAAGAUUUGAUGAGAGAAAAAAUCUUCAAUUUUAGAAUAAGGAGGUAACGUAAAAAAAAUGUGGAAAAAGUAAAGGGGUCUGAAUACAUUAUGAAUGCACUGUAUACUGCUGGCAGAGUUUUCUACCGCUGGCAGAGUGUUGGCAAUACUGUGUGUCUGCAGGUGUCUAUCUGGUCAAAACCACUGAUACAGGAGCCCUUCCACCCUCUGGUGGGAUGGAUCAUGUAUACAGAGAAACCAAGAUUCAAAUACUUAGAUUUGUGUGUAUUGGGUAUUUGUUGUAAAAUUGUUAGCUAUUACUUGUUAGAUAUUACUGCCCUGUCGGAGUGAGAAACACAAGCAUUUCACUACACCCGCAAUUAUAUCUUCUAAACACAUGUAUGUAACCAAUAAAAUGUGAUUUGAUUUUGAUUUGAAAUAAACGUCCUAUUUAUCAAAGGUGUAUUUGUCUGGGGUCAAAAUGACUCCAAAUGAUUUGAAUUUGUUAAAAGUCCAUAUUUAUACAGAAACACUAAACCAUUAUUUAAAUUUAUUAAGAACAAGUUGAUUGACAAAGUCAUGAAAAAAAUUGAAGAAUUGACUAAACCACAUUUUGUCUGUGAUAAAAGAUAUGCCUCUGGGGUCAAAAUGAUCCAUGUUAGAAGUAUGGUUCAAUGCAAAUGUGUAGUGGGUGUAAAGUUUUAUUUUAUCACUCAUUAAAAAUGAAUCAAUCAA